AUGUCGAGGUUCUCUCACCUUGCACCUUGGUUUAUACUUUCGUCUGCAGCGUUGAAUGUGAUUUUCCUUGGAGGCAAACGGCGUGCUUUUGGUGUUUUCGUAGCUCAGCUCCGUGAUGAAUUUAACGCCACCUCUUUGGCCGAACUUAAUUGGAUCGGAGACUCUUACGCGGCUAUCGGUUACCUGACGACCACUCUAUCCACCUCAUUAAUCCUCAAACUUGGGCGACGUUAUGGCCUCUUUCAAUUCGCCGGCGCCUGCUUCGUCCUAUUUGCUUGUGUCUCAAGUGCCUAUGUCCCCAAUCCUCAUUGGCUUUUCCUCACACACACCGUCCUCCACGGCAUCGGCUCCUCUUUAAUACUCAGUACGGCUGGCUUGGUUGUCAACGAGCACUUUGAUAAGAGCCACAGGUACCACAUUUUGGCGACAACUCUUGUCUCGGGUGGCUCAGUUGCCUCAAUUGUUUUUGUACAAUUCUACGCUUUCCUUGUCGAGUCGUAUGGCUGGCGACACGCGAUGAUAAUUCUCGGUGUUGUGUAUUUCUUCGUGAUCGCCAGCGCGUCCUUGGUGUUUCGCAAGAGCGUCCAAACAACCGGUGUCUCGGAAGGCAGGUUAGUCCACUCUUGGCGUGAGCAUCUGGUGGGCAGGCAGAUUCCAUUGCUUGUUCUGUGGACUGUUGAUCGCAUCAUCACCAGCAUCGUCACUUACGGCAUGCUUCUCAAUCUGACCGACUUUAUGCACCGCAUUGAGCCGUCUCUGACGAAGAGCGCAGUUCUCACGACCCUCUUCGCCUCAGGCGAAGCAUCAACCUACCUUCUGGGCGCCAUGACAACUGGACUGACGAAAAACCUUUUAAAAAACCGACUUAAGUACAUUCUCAUCGUGACGACGCUUUUAAUGUCAGCCAGUCUGGCAGCCUGGGAAGCGUGGGCCAGCAACCUGCUUAUGAGCCACAUCCUAGCCUACAUCUGUGGCUUCUGCCUCGGACCCUCGAUCACCUUUCUCUUCCCGGCCGGUGAGGAGAUGACUCGUCUGCCAGGCCAUCUGGCAUAUCCCUUCUCUCUUGGUGGCAUGGGGCUCGGAAUGUCAUUGUCUCCGCUCCUCUCCGCCUUGAUCGCCCAGAUAUUCCUCUACAAAUGGUUUUUUCUGGUGCAAGCCGGACUAAUGGCAAUUAAGUUAAUCUGUUUGUUGGUCGCCACGUUCAUUCUUCACACCUUUGAUCGAGCCAACUUCAUAUUGCCAACACAGGUCUCGCCGGAGCACGUUGGUUACCAUCGGGCGUCUGGCAUCUCUGGUGAACAUAGAGAAAACCCAUUGAUUUCAUCAGGCACUGACGUCUGCGAUGCUGGAAUUAAGGCAAGCAAACCUACACAAUUGCCCUUCAAUCUGAAGUAUUCUUUCUUCAGUGGCUGUACAGGGAAAUUGAGGUGGUCAGCGAACGCCGGAAGACUGAUGUCAGAUGACGUCGAGAAG